GGCGACUAGUGAAAGCGCGCUAUGCGGUCCAUUCUUUCAUGCCUCACUCACUGUCCACAUGUACGUAUCAUGCAAGUGAGCUGUGUGUGCACUGCAGUCCUUCUAUCUUGUGAAAGCCCUCUCAGCGAGACGGGCACACGGGUGUGCACUGGCACACCCCUCAUGACAUGAGUGAGUGAGUGAGUACGUCUGCUGCCUGACUUCAUUCAUUCAUUCGUGCAGUCAGUGUUAUGUUACUCAACUAAUUGCAAAUGACAAAUCAAUCAAUUGAUCAACACUCCUCGUUCGGCCUUUGGCACCAAUACACAGGAUCAACUCUUCUCAUUGUGCACCUGCACAGAAAGACGGUUCCAUAGGCGGUCUGCCGCGUAGGCAGCGUGUGCGUGUUUCGUCUUCUCUCUCACCAUCGGUGUCUUAGUAUGGUUGGUAUCGGUGGCUGCUGCCGCCCCCAGCCCCCCGUGCGUCGGCGCCUGCCCCCGCUCUCGGGUCGCCCGGUGGCCCGCCCAUGCCGCGCUCGCUGCCUCGUGACGGGCCUGACACACACACACACACACGCACACACAUACACGCAUCAACCAACAUGGCUGCGUGUCGUGUCGGUUUUUGGUUUGCUGCUUACCAUAGGAGCCACGGUAGUACUCGUCAGCCUCACCGCCAUAGCCUGCCAGACACAGAGAGAGUCUCGGGCCUCAGUCAGUGGCUUUGUUUGUUGAGGCUGCGUGUCUGUGUGUGUGUGCACGGGGCACCUCUUGAUCCGUAUCCGCCUUGUCUGUCGUUGUACCCGGCUCCCCCGCCAUAGCCCCCUCCAUACCCACCGCCAUAGUCAUACCCGCCGCCCCCAUACCCAGACCCACUGCCGUAGUACCCACCACCUGCCAUUAUCACAUCACACACGGACAGCGUGAUCAGCGAUGGUAUCCUGUCUGUCACUCUCUGUCUGUCCAUGUGUGUGUGUGUCUGUGUCUGUGUCUGUCUGCUGCCGCACCUCUCGACCCGUAGGAGCCUCCCCCUGCUUCAUAUCCGGCGUAGUAGUCACGGCCGUAGUCAUUUCUCUGGUAGUACUGGCUGGCAGGGGCGCCGCGAGACCCGUACGCGUAGCCACCCUGGUACCCUGAUGACAACAACACAUAGACCAUUUGACAGGAAUGCACAUGAGGCCUUUUCAUGUUUCGGAUAAGCGACUGAUUGGUGCUCACCGCCGUAUCCCCCUCCCUGUCCGCCACCGUAGUAUCCGCCAGGGCUGCCAUACUGCCCGCCCCCUGACGACCGGCCGUAGGACGGGCCAUAGCCACCGCCGCCGCCAUACCCACCCCCAUAGCUGCCAGACGCAUAACCUGACAUUAGCCGUGGACGGAGAAACAGAGAGAUCAGUCGACGAAGAGUGCAUGUGGUGUCUGUUUCUUGUUCGGUCACUUUGUCUGUUGUUGUAUGCGGCGCCGCCGCCAUAGCCGCCGUAUCCGCCUCCUCCCCCUCCCCCUCCAUAUGGUGCGGCGCCGUAUCCGCCUCCGUAGGGCCCGCCCCUGUCGCCGCUCCGACUAGCCAUCGCCGCCCUCUCGCGGUCGCGCCGCUUCGGCUCGGCCUUCUUCACCUCAACCUAUCCGACACGCAAAGUGCGAGUGGGGGGGACGUCACACGGCGUGUGUGUGUGUGUGUGUGUGCCAUCUUCGGUACCCGUCUCUCGCCGAUUUUGUGUUCGGCGUUGAGGGCGGCCUCGACGGCUCCAUCGUCGCGGAAGGUCACGAAGCCGAAACCGCGAGAUGUGCCGUCGACUGCACAUUACAAAAAACGCAGGGAGACAGGCAGACAUGCAUGAGCGGUCGUGUCAAUGGCUGCACGGAAUGCGUGUGUCUUACGGUCUUUGAUGACGGUGCAGUCUUCGAUCUCGCCGAACUUAACGAACGACUCCUGCAGAUGCUCUGCAUGCACGCACACAGAUACACAUGGACACACAUCUCCCUCCUCCCUCCCUCCCUGUGUGGUGCAUCUAACGUGACAUACGUUCGGUGAGUUCGGGUGCCAGCCCUCCGAUGAAGAUCUUCCGGGGCACCUCGCUGCUGAACUGCUGUUGCUGCUGCUGCUGGGCCGCGGCGUUCUGGCUCUCCUCACGCACAUCAACCUGACGCGCAAGUCCAUCCACACAGAUGAAUGACCCGCGUGUGCGUGUCUAUGUCUGUCGGUGUGCGUACUCGUUUGCCCUUGAUUUCGUGUUUGGCUUCGAAGAUGAUUUUCUUGAAGUUUUUGUCGGCGAUGGUGACGAACCCAAAGCCCUUGGACCGUUUGGUCUCUCUGUCCUUCAUGACAAACACCUCCUUGACAUCGCAGAACUGCUCAAAGUACGAACGGACGUCAUCUACACAUACAAGACAUACAGCCAGGCGACCACACACGGUGGCAAAGACCGGCAGACACACACAACAAACAACACUCAAUCAACCAACAGCUGGGGAUGUCGAUAACAGGCUAUGAAUCGGGGCACUGGGAGACUACAUAUACGCUCGUGUAUGUUUGUAUCAUCUCUGUCGGUCACUGCUGGGCGAGUCGAGUCGAGUCGAGUCGAGUCGAUGGACACAUACCUUCGUUGCAGUCAGGCAGACCCCCAACAAAGAACUUGCUGCAAAGACAACAACAGCCAACACAGCCACACAUAGCUAUCAACACUCCUCGCCGGCAGGCAGGCCAUCAAGCUGUCACAGAGCUAUGCACACUGCAACUGCAUUCAUCCUCUCAGAAGCAGCAGCUCACAUCUCUUGGCAUUACCGACCGACCGACCGACUCAUAUCGACACUCAUCCCUCGCUAUCAACAAGCACGGCUACACUCAUCCAGCCAGCCCCCAAACUCACUAGGGCUCUAAAGGUCCAGACGCCUGAUGCUCGGUCGGAUGCUCCCCUCCAGCGGUAAAACCACCAGCACCAGCACCAGCGGCACCAGCACCGGUAGGCAUCUCAGCUCCAGAGGCGGCUGCCUCCACCUGACCGCCGCUGACGCCGUUGGCAGCCGGCGCUGCGGGAGCAGUGGCGUUGUCAGCCGUCUGCAUGCCGCUCUGCUGUCCAUUGCCGGCCGCUCCUGCCGCCGUCACGUCCUGCUGCCCCUGCACCUCCACCGGCAGCUGAGACGCGUGGCCAUGGGUGUCCUGGUCAGGCUGUUUGGGCUGCUCGGGCUGCUCGGGGGGAUGAUGAUCCUCAGGGGGAUGAUGCUGAUGCUCAUCGGCUGCCUCCUCUGCCUCUCCCUCCCCCUGUUGAUCAUAGAGGCUGCACUCCACAUGGUCUUCUCCCUGCAUCUCAGUCUCCGCCAUUGCUUCGCACAAGGGGUGUGUGCGAACCUUCAAAGGGACGGAAGAUGAGCC